AUGCUCGCGUCGUCUCGCCUCUCGCUGUUGGCGCUCGUGGUGGUGGCCUCGUGCCACGGUGCGAUCGCCCGGCCUCCUCGCGUGGCGCUGCUCCGUCUUCGCGGCGGCAUCGAGGCCACCUGGACGCCCAAUGGUGAGGCCCCGGCUCCCUUUUCCACGCGCGCGCGGCAGCAGAUGGGCAUGGACCCGGGCGCCAUGGCCGGUGGCGCACAGCCCGGGCCAGGAGGCGGCGGCUCGAGAUUGGGGCUGAGCAUGGCUGCCGUGAUUUACCUGUGCAACAACUGGACCAUUGCCGUCGCGCUCCGGGCGCUGCUGAUGAAGCUGCUGGCGCCGCUCCUGAAAGCCCUCGGUUCGAGGAGGCAGGCCGCGGCGCAGCAGGCGCAGGCCGCGGCGAAGAAGCAGGCCCUGGCGGCGCGCAAGGCGCGGCUCAAAGCCGCCGCCGCGCGGAAAACCCAGGCUGCCAAGGAUGACGAAGAGGAAUGACGAGGGAGGAGUGGGAGGCGACAGUCGCGCGAGUCCCACUGCAGAGCCAGCCACGCUGGCCACUGGCCGCGACAUCCGAGAGCGGCGACUGGCGUCGUCGUGGGCGGGGUCCGGCGUGGCUCUUGGGCGCCAGUGUCUCGUAUCUCUCGAGCCGAGAGGUUCUCAUAGAGGACUGGAUCAGGAACUCGCGGGCCGCACGCGCCCCCAUACCGUAGAGGCAUAGCCAACGCCAUACCGCACUGAUUAACAGAAGAGAGCAGGCGCGCCCGAGAGCAGGCGCCCCGCUCGUUUAGACCUUUU